AUGAAUCUCCAAAACUUUUCAGGUGAACAGAUGGAUCACAAAUUGGACGAUUUUUUCGGCAAGGAAGUCCUUGCCCUUCAAGACUGGAGGGAAAAGGCCACUGGUCGAUUGAAGACCUUGGAGAAGCGGGCGGCCUGGACAUUUCUGGGUGUGGCUGGUGAAGGUGUUGCCAGUCAGGCGGAGAUUAAGAAAGCCUUCAAACGAAGAGCUUUGGAAUUGCAUCCGGACAAAGGUGGUGAUGUGGAUCGCUUCCGACUGCUGCAGGAGAGAACUCUCUUUUUUCAGCGGCGCGAAAAAAAGGUCCCAAAGUGGAAGGUUAAGGACCAAUAA